AUGCGUAAUCCCCACCCAAUCUAUCGUCCUCGUCGUAUUUCGACGCCUAGAGCACUCUCCCGCUACCUCGACCUGAAACACGCCGGCUUGGCCUCUGCGCCGCCUCCUAGGGUCCCAUACCUCAUCGACUUCGCUAUGGGCGCUUUGACACGCUCUGCUCCAGACCGCGUUGACUGCGAGCCGGUCGUGUCACCACGCCAAGCACCACGCUCACAGCU